AUGUUAUGGAUACGAGACAAUGUGCAUCACGUUAACGUCGUUCGAUUUUUUGGAUUAAGCGAACUGGACGGUGAGCGUUAUGUCAUCGGUGAAUAUUGUGCCAAGGGAACAAUGACUGACGUUCUCAAAGAUGGCAAAUAUAACCUAAAUAACGAUUUUAAAUUUUCCUUAGCAUUUGAUAUAGUUGCUGGCAUGGCUUUUCUUCAUAAUAACGGCAUCAUUCACGGUCAUCUUACAUCAACCCAUUGUUUCAUUGACUCUCGAUGGACAGUCAAAAUAGGCGAUUGGGAAUAUCUUAAACUGUUACAACAUGUUAAAAAGCAUAAAAAUCCUUUCACAUACUUAAGAAAAACUGCUGUUGACAUUGGCAAACAUGCAGCAGCUUAUCUAGACUUCUGGGUGGCACCGGAAGUCCUCAGAUCCGAUCUUGAAAUUCUGUGUUCUCAAUCUGGUGAUGCCUACAGCUUUGCUAUAAUUUUACAAGAGAUAUUUACUCGAGAAGAUCCUUACGCAGAGCACGUCGAUCAUUUGACCCCAGAACAAGUCAUCAAAGCUGUUGUUGAUAACAAUCUGCGACCACAACCUUCUGAUGACACGCCGAUACGAGUUCGUCAGAUCAUGGAAAUAGCUUGGUCAGAAAACGCCGCCUCCAGACCCAGUUUUGAUCAAAUAGCAAAAAUGUUACGACAAUGUCGGCAUUCAAGGAAGUCAGUGCUCGAUUCAAUGAUGGAGGCGAUGGAAGAAUAUACUGAUCAUCUUGAAUCGAGAAUUGAGGAACGAACUUCGGAGCUAUUUGUAGCCAAAUCGAACAUUCAGCACAUGCUUAAGGACGUUAUUCCACCACAUUUGAUUUCCAAAUUAACAAACGGUGAAACUAUCGAGACUAAAGUCCAUGCUAUGUUAGGAGUCGUUCUGGUGGAGAUUUCUAACAUGAGAGAUCUAGUAGAGACGGCCUCUGCACAAGAUAUUAUAGUGUUUCUGAAUGAAACUCAUACCGAACUAGAAAAGAUUUUCAGUAGGUAUGACGCCUACCGCACCAAUCUUCAAGGCGAUACAUUUACUGUGACUUUAGGCUUAAAUAAAGAUAUGAAAAAUGAACCCAAAACUGCUGAGGAGAUUCCACAUUUGUGUCUCGAUUUGUUAAAUUUAAAGAAUAAGGUUCAUUCAUGUGCUAGUUUGCAAGAAUCAUUUGAACUUAAAGUGUCUGCGCAUGCCGGAAGUGUAGUAACCGGUGUGAUUGGAUCUGGCUCACCAAAAUUCGUGACUCUUGGAGAGACAACUGACGUGUUAAAACUUUUAUCUAAUAUUACAAUUGCACAGAAAUGCUUGAUAUCGAAAACUGUACAAAGCCUGUUUGAGAAGAGCACUACUUUUGAUCUGGAAAAUGGCGAAGACAUAACCUUCAAGGUAGUGUAUCUUUUGAAAGUUAUACUCCCUAUAGUGGCGUUUCUACAGGGGGUGGGCAUGGUUCUUACGUGGUCCCAUCACCUAAUGUUUCAUAGAAACGCCACAGGCCUGAUUAUUUCAUCAUCAUUUCGUUUUACCAACUGA